AUGAGCAAAGAUAAGCUGGUAGUGGAAGUGUUAGGGGCCCACAACUUAAUGCCUAAAGAUGGAGAGGGUUCUUCUUCUGCCUUUGUUGAAGUUGAGUUUGAAGGUCAAAGACAAAGGACCCAAGUCAAAUACAAAGACCUUAAUCCCGUUUGGAAUGAGAAGCUUGUGUUCCAUGUAAACGACGUCGCUGACCUCCCUUACAGAACCAUCGAAGUCAACGUCUUCAACGAGAAACGCUCCAACAACAGCCGCAAUUUCUUGGGCAAAGUUAGGGUCUCCGGCACCAGCAUUGCCCGUGAAGGCCAAGAAGAAGUCAUCCCUCAACUCCACACGCUUGAUAAAAGAAGCCUCUUUUCGCACGUGCGUGGGGAGAUCACCUUCAAGUUAUACUUGUCUGUCAAGGAGCAUGUUAAAGGCGGCGGCGGUGGAGGAGCGGUGGUGGUUCCUGGUGGGGUUUCCAAGAAAAACAAGAAGUUCCAACAGCAACAACAGCAGAGCGCGAGCACAGUUGUUCAAAAUCACCAGCAAAUGGUUGGGGUUGGGGGUCAAGAAAACAAGAAAAUGACUCAUCCGAACCAGAUGACAAACAAACCCGAGCCGAACCAGGGUGAACUAAAGCCUGUUGUCAUCACUUCCAUCCCGGGUCCACCCAUGAACGUGGCGGCACCCGGCGGAGUUGGUGGUGGUCGCAUGGGGUUGUUUUCCGGUGGGUCAAAUGAAUACUCUUUAAAAGAAACAAACCCGCAUCUUGGUGGGGGUCUGUUAAACAAAGACAAAACAAGUUCAACCUAUGACUUGGUGGAGCAAAUGCAGUAUCUUUACAUAAAACUGGUGAAGGGUCGUGACAUUCCGGUGGUCGGCGGUGGAGAGGUGGUGGCGGAGGUGAAACUUGGAAACUACAGAGGGAUUACGAAGAGGGUUACUUUGAACAAUGCAGAAUGGGACCAAGUUUUUGCAUUUUCCAAAGAUACAAUACAAUCAUCAAUGGUGGAGAUCUUUGUUAAAGAAAGGGACAAAGAUGAUUUCUUGGGUCGAAUUUGGUUUGAUUUGAAUGAAGUUCCUAAAAGGGUCCCACCAGAUAGUCAAUUAGCACCACAGUGGUAUAGAAUGGAUGAUAAAAGAGGGGAAAGAGGGAAAGGUGGUGAAGUUAUGGUGGCGAUUUGGUUUGGGACACAAGCAGAUGAAGCAUUUUCAGAGGCAUGGCAUUCAAAGGCUGCAAAUGUGCAUUUAGAUGGGCUUUGUUCGAUUCAAUCCAAGGUAUAUCUCUCACCUAAACUAUGGUACUUAAGGGUUUCUGUGAUUGAAGCACAAGAUGUUGUUUUGGGUGAAAAGGGGACGUCCGUGAUGAGGUAUCCUGAGCUUCAUGUCAAGGUGCAAGUGGGAAACCAGGUUUUGAAAACCCGAGUGGCUCCGGCCAUGGCGAACCGUAGUCUUUCGAACCCGUUUUGGAAUGAGGAUUUGAUGUUUGUGGUGGCAGAGCCGUUUGAGGAUUAUGUGAUGCUUUCGGUGGAGGAUUGGAUUGGUCCAAGCCGUGAGGAGGUUGUGGGUCGGGUUGCUUUGCCGGUUUCGGUUGUUAGCCGGAGGUUGGAUUCGAAGGAAGUGGCUUCGAGAUGGUAUAAUCUCGAUGGGCAUUCGAAUAACCCGAAUGAUGCCAAAUCGGUUGUGAGGUUUGCUUCUCGGAUCCAUAUACGUGCCACACUCGAUGGCGGGUAUCAUGUGCUUGAUGAAGCCACCAUGUAUAGUAGUGAUGUUCGUCCUACAGCCAAACAGCUGUGGAAGCCUCAUAUCGGUGUUCUUGAGAUGGGUAUUUUGGGGGCUUCUAAUCUUAUGCCUAUGAAGAUCAAAGAAGGUAAAGGUGGAUCCACUGAUGCUUAUUGUGUGGCGAAAUACGGGCAGAAAUGGGUCAGGACCCGAACAGUCGUGGAUAGUUUGUCACCGAAGUGGAACGAGCAGUACACUUGGGAAGUUUUCGAUCCUUGUACGGUUAUCACAAUUGGGGUUUUCGACAAUUCACGGGUCGAUAAGAACCCGGCUGGUGGGACCCGUGACUCGCGGGUCGGAAAGGUUCGGAUCCGGUUGUCUACGCUGGAGUCGGAUCGGGUUUAUACCCAUGCAUACCCACUCCUUAUGUUGCAUCCUUCUGGUGUGAAGAAAAUGGGUGAGCUUCAUUUGGCUGUUAGAUUCUCUUGUGCUAAUAUGCUCAAUAUGCUUCAUAUGUACACCAUGCCGUUGCUACCAAAGAUGCACUACGUACGACCCUUAUCUGUGAACCAAUUAGACAGCUUGAGGUACCAAGCCAUGAAUGUGGUGGCAUCUCGGCUCAGCCGAGCCGAGCCGUCGUUGGGGAGGGAAGUGGUCGAGUACAUGCUCGAUCACGAUUCUCAUAUGUGGAGCAUGAGGAAGAGCAAAGCCAAUUUCUUCCGGCUCACAAACGUGUUGGCUUGGCUUGUGUUCAUGAACCGGGUGAUCGACGCGAUGCGGAACUGGAACAUGCCGGUUUACUCAAGCAUGUUCGUGCUCGCUUUUAUGAUCAUGGUAAUGAUGCCGGAGCUCAUCAUACCGUCGAUACUUCUCGGCUUCGCAGUAAUCGGACUAUGGAGAUACCGAUCACGCCCCCGUCACCCACCGCACAUGGAUACCCGUCUCUCGUAUGCCGAAGGCGUUCACCCCGAUGAGUUAGACGAAGAAUUCGACUCGUUCCCGACCAGCAGAAGUGCCGAGGUCGUGAGGAUUCGGUACGACCGGCUGCGGAGUGUGGCGGGGAGAAUCCAGACGGUGGUUGGAGACAUGGCGACUCAAGGCGAACGGUUCCAAGCGUUGUUGAGCUGGCGAGACCCGAGGGCCUCGUUCUUGUUUGUGGUGGUCUGUUUCUUUGCUGCAUUUGGGUUUUAUCUGGUGCCGGUUCGGUGGGUGGUGGCGAUGUGGGGUUUGUAUUUCUUGAGGCCGCCGAGGUUCAGGAACAAGUUGCCAUCGAGUGCGGUUAGUUUCUUCAAGAGGCUGCCAACAAUGGCUGAUAGCAUGUUGUAG